AUGUUGGACCACUUUCAUAUCUUCCACCGAGGUGGAAUCGUACUUUGGUCGAAAGCAUUUGUUUCAACACCUUCACCAGUUCGGCAAAUUAUCAGUCAAGCUCUCAUUGAACCAUCUACCAAUCACUCGAAUCAGCAGGACGCCCAAAGUUUACACUUGGGCGCAUACUCGGUCCAAUGGCGUCUUUCAAACGAUCUGGGACUUGUCUUUGCUGUGGCUUACCAGCGGAUCCUUCAACUAACAUAUAUUAAUGAACUCUUAGAAGCCGUUCAGUCACUUUUUCUCUCGCUUUAUGCCCCUCUCAUCAAUAAUGUCCUGAACCCAUCCAGCUCGAUCGCCUUCAGCAAAGGCUUCAUGUCUGUCUUCGAAGGCUGGGAGAAUCGGUUUAUGUGCCUACUCAAAGAACUCGAAGCAGGGGCCAACUCUCAAUCACGGGCCAAGAAGCUUAUAAGCGAUCAUCACCAGAGUGCGAUACAACGAGCAGAGGUCGAACGCAUGUCUGAUAACAGCCAACGUAGUACCACAGCAACCGAUUCAGAGACAAUCGCUCGGAACAUAGCUGCCCUAAAGGCACGCCGACGCAAGCCAACCGGUUCCAAAGCUAGCAGUCGUUCCGGAACUGAUACAGAGACUGGAGGGCCUAAACCCCAACAAGCCCGUAGAAAAUGGGAUGAUGGAACGAUGAGCGCACAGGAUAUAUCACAAUAUGAUUAUAGUGAAGACGUCGAUAUCCCUGCAGCAUCCAACUCCAUAAAAAAUUUGAUAGACGAUAACGCUCUUGGGAUUCGAAAUAAGGAAGGAGUAUAUGAAGUAGCUGAUUAUGAAGAUAAAAAGGAAUUGACUGGGGGGAUCUUUGCUCGAUUCCUCAACAAUUUACCCUUUAUUGGUCGAUCAAACACAUCACCAACUCUAACCUCAGCCGAACUCAAUCCAAUCCUCCAACAAAUGCAAACACAAUUAUUGAAGAAAAAUGUGGCACGAAGCGUAGCAGAAGAGAUUUGUGAUAAAUUAGGAGUAGAGUUAUUAGGAAAAAAGCGGGAUGGCACAUCAUUGCGAGAAUUAGUCAGAGAUGCUCUAUCGACUAGUUUAAGACAAAUCUUGACUCCAAGGACAAGUGUUGAUCUAUUGAUGGAAGUAAGACGAAGACAGAGCGGAAAACCUUAUGUGAUUACCUUUGUAGGUGUGAAUGGUGUUGGAAAAUCUACAAAUUUGGCAAAGGUGGCCUUUUGGCUUCUUCAGAAUCGAUUGAGAGUUCUUAUUGCAGCUUGCGAUACAUUUCGUUCUGGUGCAGUAGAACAACUAAGAACUCAUGUUAGGAACUUGUCAUCAAUUGAUCAACCGAAUGGGAUGGUGGAAUUGUUUGAGAAAGGGUAUGGAAAGGAUGCGGCGGGGAUCGCGAAGGCAGCCAUUGCUCAUGCGGAGACGAACGGAUUUGAUGUUGUCCUUAUUGAUACAGCUGGUCGAAUGCAAGACAAUGAGCCAUUGAUGAGAGCACUUGGAAAAUUGAUCAGCGUCAAUGAGCCCGAUAAAGUGAUCUUCGUAGGAGAAGCAUUAGUAGGAAACGAAGCAGUCGAUCAACUACAAGGUUUCAAUACCUCAAUUCAGAAAUUUAGUGGCCCUAUCAGUAGAUCUCUAGAUGGGAUGAUUCUUACCAAGUUUGAUACGAUUGACGAUCAGGUUGGGGCUGCUGUGUCAAUGACUUUUGUGACUCGUCAACCUAUCUGGUUUGUGGGCACCGGUCAAACAUAUACGGAUCUUAGGGUACUUAGGGUUGGACAUGUGGUUGAGGCUUUGAUGAGGGAAUGA